AUGCGAUCCGUCAUUGCAGCCGAGGUCGACGAGACGCUCUCGGCGGACGUGGCCGACGGCGGCAAGUGGGCGAACAAGUUCGAGCUCAAAGACGUGCUGCGCAAGUAUGACUGCGUAUUUGUGGACCGGCCUCAGAUGGACAAGCCUUCACGCUUGAGUCCAUGCAGCUUGCUCAUUCUCGUCUGUCUCAUCUGGAUGACCCCGGAAUAG